GCUAUAAUAAGGUAUAGGCCUUUGGUCAAGAAGUGUCUGCUAAAUGUAAUGUAAUGUAAUACAUAAAUUAAUAAGCAUCAUUGACACAGACUCUGAAAAACGGACUUUGACAUAGGUCUUACAAUAGUAGAGAUUGCUGAAGUAGGCUAAUGUAGGCCUAAGUAAAAAAAACACUCAUGGCCUAACUUCUGUAGGCCUACAGUGUAUGAUUCCUUGAUGAUUUAGGCCUACACCUGUCAGAUGAUGAGACAUGUCGAUUUCUAAAUGCAAUGUUUGGGCUUUUUUUUUAUCUAGGCAACACAAUAGAAAAGAGUAGCCUACAUAAUAGUGUGUUUUCCUUAAAUGCCAAAGACAUGUUAAUAAAAUUGUACUCUCUUCCUGGCGGUUACUUUUCCUCAUUGGUGAACCUCAUUGGUGAAUGUAUUUGUCAUUCAUCCUUCCAACGCCUCCUUGCGUGACGUCAGAUGUGUCAAUCGCCAUUUUGGAAUAAGAAUAGGAAUAUUGUACAGGAGUGCCGUGGGCUGAGGGCAGAGUAUAUAUAAAAGCUCCCUUUUUCAGGCGACGAAAAGGCGCUUUACCGUUUCCCAAGUAGAAACAUGUCGUCAGAGAAUCAAGAGUCCGAGGCGCCAUUGGAGUUCGGAGAGGAGAAACAGCAGGACUCCCAGGAGAAGGACGCCAACCCAGUGAAAUCAGAGGAGGCCAAGCUCAAGGCCAAGUACCCCAACCUGGGGCAAAAGCCAGGAGGGUCAGACUUCCUGAUGAAGAGACUACAGAAAGGGCAAAAGUACUUUGACUCAGGCGACUACAACAUGGCCAAGGCCAAGAUGAAGAGCAAGCAGUUGCCGGUGGCCGGUCAGGAGAAAGGGCUGGUGACCGGGGACCACAUCCCCACGCCGCAGGACCUGCCUCAGAGGAAAUCCUCUCUAGUCACCAGCAAGCUGGCUGGAUAAGAGCAGAGUCACCCACCUGCCACCCCCCCAAACCCCUAUCCCUGUACCCCCACCACUCCAAUUGAGUACGCCCCCCCCAAUACUAACCCCAAUGCCUCCCUUCCUCCUUCCACGCCCAAACCCCACCUCCCCACCGGGUUCCUUAUGAGUGUCUUGAAGCAGGGUGCAGGUCCCACACACUCAGCCCAUUACGGAAGAUGAUGGAUAGAUCGACCCCCCCCCCCUCAGUGUCUCCUUCCUCAGAUAGUAACGUUAACUCUUCUCUCAUCACUGCUGAUUGUGUCUUCUUGCCAUUUUCGUCCCUUUAGUUAAACCCUCCCUAUGACCAUACUGCCUCCACCACCACCACCAAACUCAACCCUUCCCUGGUCCGCCACAUACCUUAUAGCAUCAGAUUGUCUUUUAAAGCUGUAGUGAGAUAUAGAGGUGCACAGGUACUCCUUAUCAAAGGCCAAUGCGUUCUUUAUUCAAAUAAACUUAGGUAGAAUUCAAAAUCCAGGAAACACUUUAAAAGUAUUUUAAAGAUAAGACUUGUACCGUACAGUAAUACUUUAUCCAGAAUAGAAGAGGCAGUGACGCAAAAGUUAUGUGUUUUUGUUUCAGAAAAGGGAUUUUUUUUUGUUUCUUCCUAAAUGGCUUGAUGUGUCCUCCCAAAUCUUUUUUUUGCACACAGUUGGCCAUUUUGGCCAGGCCUAUACAGUUAUCGCUUAGAAGAUUCCUGUUUUGGCUUAAACAAGGGCCUUAACUUGUUCGUUUAACCACGUUUAUUAUCUUCUUAAUAUGAGCUCACCAACUCUUUUUGAAUACAAACUCAAUCUGACUGGGAUGUGCAUUGCUUCCAGUCAUGUACCUAUGGCCGAGACCAGUGCACCUCUAGUGAUACUUUCACAACCAAAUGUAACCAAUGUUUUCCUGGAUACUGGCUCUGUUGCAACACAUGUUUGUUGUUGGUGUGCCGUGCAAUAUGAGCUAGCAUCCUGUCCCAAGAAUUUAAGGAACCAAAGAGACAGGGACGACUAGACAAUGGAGAAAAACAAGUGUUAGCAGGCCAACUCAAGGACUGACUGUUCCUCAAGGCCUGUCCUUCAAACCAAUCGGGAUCACCCUUAUGCAAUCAGAAUGUGCCCAACUUUGUGUCUAGUUGUUGGGCAUGUUUUGCUGGUGCUUGCCUAUCACGCCAGCCAUGUUCAUAUGUGCCCCAAGUGGUUGCUGUUUUGGCUGUAUGACCCAGAUUUACAUAUGUCAUCUUUACCCACC